CCACUCCUGGCAACCCUUUUCAUAUGGAAGAAGAAUGAAGCGGAAGAACUCGCUUUUGCCAAUGUAUCAACAGCCGAUGGCAGCAGCAUCUCGCUUUCGCCUGUCGAAGCGUUCAACUUUGAUUGCUGCUUUAGCUCUAUUUUUAUCUGCAUCGCUGAUCAUCAAUUACUUUGUGGUAUUCACAAAACCAUCGCAUAUUUCCUAUGCCAUUGCCGAUCCCAUACCAGAUCCGCCUCACCCCACCUUGACUUCCCUCAUUAUGGUUCCAGGCCAUGCUAUAUAUCAUGGGAUAAUGAAUGAAUCUGACUUAAACAAUGACGAGGGCUGGACGCUGGAGGAAUUUCAGAAAGGCGGCCAAAUCAAGGUAUUCAUGAACCACAUUAAGAAAAGCAUAGAAUUGCUGCAAGACGAUGAGAAAUCUCUACUUGUCAUGUCUGGUGGAGAAACUCGACCGCUGGCAGGCCCGUUAUCGGAAGCACAAUCGUAUUGGCAAAUUGCGCAAUAUUAUCUGUCAAAAACAUCGUCGAGUGGCUCAUUAGAUAGAAUAGCUACGGAGGAGCACGCAAGAGAUUCAAUGGAAAAUUUGUUGUUCUCCAUAUGCCGGUUCUACGAGUUGACAGGCAACUACCCAGAGAAGAUUACAGUCAUUGGGUUUGAAUUCAAAAAAGAGCGCUUCAUUAAUAUUCAUCGUGCAGCUCUGCGAUACCCAAUUGAGAGGUUCCAUUAUAUUGGAAUAGAUCCUGAAGAGACACCCAAGGAUGUGGCGAAAGGCGAAAACCAAAACUCUCUUGGUCCAUUUGAACAAGAUGUAUAUGGAUGCCACGGUAGAUUAUGGCAGAAGAAAUUGGAUCGCAAUCCAUUCCGUAGACAGCAUGCAUAUCGGCAAACUUGUCCCGCCUUGGCGCCAUUAAUGGGCUACUGUCCGACGAGCAGGACUGAAAUUUUUCCAGGCACAUUGCCGUGGUAGUGAACCUUCUUUUUGUUAUAUAGCCAUUUAGCAAUCAACCUGUACUUAAUGUAAUGCCAACAAUCACAAAAUUAACACGCAAUGAAUUUGAGCAAUCCUUAAAUGCUUUCGUGGAAACAUCACACAGAGUAGCGCUUGCAGACCAGUGGCAGCUUAAGAAAGAUCGAUUUGUAUGUAAGCAAUCUUGAUCUCACAGAUUGACGUCUUUACUUAUACAAUGAUGUUCUCAGGGUAAGCAAGUGUAUAUCACGAAGAAGCAGACGAUUGUGUGCCAGACAUCAAGUCGUCAAGCAGAGUGUUCCACCGACUUCGAGAUUUGUGACGAUGUCCCAGAUAUUGCAGAGUUAGAGUUAGCAUCUCCCGAUGCUGGUAUCAUAUGU